CGACGCGGGGUAUUCCCUCGUCUCGGUCUCGGAGUUAAAAAGUUCCUAAGGGUCGUCGCGUCGGAUGGAAGCACAUGCGGGUCUCUAAUGCGGAGCCACUGCAAGCCCCCGGCUAUAGGAUGGAACGGACUGAUGAAGGAGUGAAAACCUUGGAUCAAUCAUGUUCUGAGUAUAUUCAGAUUAAGAAAGAGUUUCAAAUGACGUGUUUCACCAAGGAGUUUUCUUUUGCAACUACGCAAAUAGACAAGAUUAUCUAUAAAGGAAUAUCAGAGAAAUUUGAAAGAAGAAAACAAGAAUGCUUGAAUAAAUCUGGCCAGGUUUUGAUCCAAACGGUUUAUUAUGGAUCAGACACUCAUACCAUACAAUCCAUUCUGCUGGGCUUCCAUGGUCAAAGCUUUCCUGCAUUCGAACGUUUUUGGAGACAAGCAACAUUUUACAAGCAUGCCCAUCAGGCUAGCCUCAAGUGUGAUAGGUCUAACAGUCAAAUGCUUCUAUGUAAGAGGAUAUUAGAGAAAGGUCCAAUGGAGUGCUGUCCAGCUUAUGUCAUACACUUUGUAAAAACUGUAAAGGGACUCUCCAACAAGAUGUCUAAAAUGGCUCAUGAUGAUACUCAACCUCAGCUCUAUGGAGGCUCCAGCACCGAAGGCAUCACCUCCACUGCAUCCGAAAAGAGCUCUAAAAUGGCCUGUGAUGAUCCAAUACAAUCAGGGCUCAAUGAUUCAUCUGUGAGCUACAGUGACGGACCGAGGGAGGAGGUCACACAUGUGAACUUCUCACUUCUCUCACUAGCCCUGACUAUCAUAUUUACUUUAGAAGUUGCCAUUACCAAGUAUGUUAUACCUCUUGUUAGAGACUUUGUUUUGAGUUCAAUUCUUAUUUUCAUCAGAUUGGCUGGUGAUGUUCAACAGUUUUAUACCAGAGCCAAUUUAAUGAUUUUGGACUUUUGGCAUACCAUUUGCACCACUGUUGAGUUGAUAGUUCGCAUGGUAUACAUCUUUGUGUUUUUGCUCAGGUUUAUGGCCUUACUUUUUGGUGGAUUUUGGACUAUUGGUCUGAUUUUAUUGACAACUGAGGAUAUUUUGUUUCUUAUUUUCCGAAAUCACCUUAACAUUAACAAGAUAUUUAAUGUGUCUUGUAUUAUGUAUACAUUGGCUCUCGUUAAAUUCUUCCCAUUCUGGACUCUGCCUCCCUCUAUUACCGUCAAAAUUGUGAUUUCUGAUAUUACUUAUACCAUAUGUGCCACUGUCAAGUUUGUAAAUCGCAUAGCACACAUUAUUGUGUGUUUGCUCAAGGGUCUCACACACAUUAUUGUGUGUUUGCUCAAGGGUCUCAUCUUGUUUUCAGCUGGAUUAUUUGUAACUUUUUUCAUAACUCAUGCAAUUUUCCCUGAGAAAUUCAAAUCUGGCACUCUUUCUGUGGAAGUUCAGUUGCUUUUUUAUUUGUAUGCAUUCAUUUUCUUUAGAUUCUACUUUGGGGUUCCAGACUUCUCCCAUGCCAAGUGUGUAAUUUCUGAUAUUUUUGAUGCCACUGCCAAGUUUGUAGAUCAGAUAGCACACGUCUUUGUGUGUUUGCUCAAGGGUCUCAUUUGUUUUUUAAUUGGAUUAUCUGUAAUUUCUUUGGUUCUUUUGAUAAUGCAUAAGAAUUUCCGGUAUGGCGUUCAACUUUGGGAUGUUGUUACCUAUUUUGUUACGUAUGCACUGUUUUUCUUUAAAUUCUACGAUUUUGGGAUCACGGCCUGCUCCUCUGUAUCUCCUUAUUUGAGCCAAUCCCCCUAUUAUACCUCAAAUAAUGUCUAUUAUAAUCAUUAUGUCCGUGACUAUUAUCAUUAUUAUGACAGUGACAGCGAUGACUAACAAUUUUGUGUCUUUUCAAUAUAACAUUAUGUGAUUUUUC